AUGAUGAUUCAUACAUUUGAACUCUAAAACUAAAUGUCGUGGGAGCCAUUGUGAAACAGUGGAAAUCUGAGGACGAGUCAUGUUUUUCUUUUGUGUUUGUGUUUUUUUUAGCUGGAAUUGGAGAAGCCCCUACUUUUCAUUGUAACAAUUAGAGGAGUUGGUGUUUCCUUUUCCAUUUAGGUGCUGUUCUAUAUUUUUGCUGUUAUGGCUCUUCCCCCUCCGGAUCCACAAUAUGUUCUUCGAGGAGCUACUGAUGCAGUUAAUACUCUCUGCUUUCAUUGCGCAGACCCGGAACCAGAACUUCCUAUUCUUUUCUCUGGGUCUUCAGAUGGACUGAUCCAUGUCUGGAAUAUAAAGACACACAGGGUGGAUAGAACACUGAAUGGUCAUGGUGGAAAAUCAGUGUUCUGUGUGAAAACUUUAUGUGACCGAAAUACACUUCUUAGCCAGGGUCGUGAUCAAAAUGUCUGCUUGUGGGACUUGGCAGAAGGAAGGAAAGAUGUCACAGACUCUGUUUUCACAGAGAGCACUGGGUUCUGCAAAUGCUCUCUCUUGAAGGUGGCAGAGAGGCGUUGGUUAAUGGCUACACCAGGCAAAGACCUGGAAGAGGUUCGGAUUUUGGAGCUGCCAUCCAAGACAUCAGUCUGUACCUUGAAGCCAGAGGCAGAUGCCAAACUGGGCAUGCCCCUCUGUCUGAAGCUGUGGCAGCCCAGCAUUGGUUCACGCCCUUCGCUUCUGGCUGGCUAUGAGGAUGGGUCAGUGGUUCUGUGGAAUUUGUCAGCAGGGAAAACCCUGAGUCGACUGGCAUGUCAUCAGGAGCCCGUCAUGGCCCUUGACUUUGACUCGGAGAAGGCCAAGGGGGUGUCCGGCUCGUCUGAGAAGAUGCUGUGUGUCUGGAAACAGAAUGAGCAGCAGAACCUAGAGAUUCAACAGACGUACCAGCUCACCAAUCCUGGGAUAGCUGAUGUGACCCUCCGGCCCGAUAAGAAGAUUUUGGCCACUGCUGGCUGGGAUUACCGCAUCCGUAUCUUUGGCUGGAAGAAGCUAAAGCCGUUAGCUGUACUGGACUACCAUACGGCAACGGUCCAUUGCGUAGCCUUCUCGGACCACAGUCAACCCUGCCAAAGACUGAUGGCAGCAGCCUCCAAAGAUUGCCGCAUCAGCAUCUGGGCAAUAUAUAAUCAGCCAUGAGAGAUGCUUGGAAAAUUGGACACGAGGAUGGCUCGAGUUCACAACACGGAGUUGAAACACAACAGGACUCAGCAGCUGUUUCCCAAGUGCCUACAGUGGCAGCACGCUUUAGAAAAUGUUGGAUUUUUAAAAAAUUUACUAAUGAUAACACUUUCUUGUAGUCCUUUGCUUACGGCAUCUUGUUUUACUCCUUACUGUAUCCCUGUGAAGUAGACCAGCAUUGUUAUUUCUGUAUUGCCAGUGAGUAGGGGGUGGGCAGGCUGAGACUAGGAGAGAUGCUCCAGGCCACGUAGUGAGUUCAUUUCAGAGGUUAGAUUUGACCUGGUGAUCUUCUGCAUCACAGCUUGGCUGUCCCAAACCAUGCAGGCAUCUUUUUAGGGGGAAAGUACACAAGACGCCAGAUACUCUGUCUCUCUUGGAAAAACCCACCCUGGAUUUUCUGUUACGUCCCUACCUCCGAGCUCCUAGAGGAGAACCCGAGCCAAGUGGC